GUCGCAUAGAAGAACCUACCCAACGCACGAUGGGAUGCUCCGAAAGCAUCGCUUGCUUCGUCCAUGCCUGUGGUUCCCCGUUUGGGCUUUCCACUUGAGAGCCUUCAUGGGCACCACCCUGGGUGGGGCUUCAAAGCCCCACUCUCCGCGUGGUGAAGGGGUGACUCGACGUGCGGGGCUGGUGUUGGUGCCGCAACUGGUCGAGAGCUGCUACCAAGCCUUGGCUGAAAGCAACUGCAUCCCACGGAAGUGGCACCCGGAAGGGCGCUACGGCAUCCCCAUCGAGCGGAUCGACUGUGGGGACUUCGCGGGGAAGCGCUUCAUUCCUUUGCUGCCGGGUGCCGCCGAUCGGUUGCCCCAGGAGAUCCAAGAGCUCUUGAAGGCUCAGAAGGCCCUGGUGGUGUCUCUGAAUUCUACCAAGAUGGCGCGCAAUGGCAUUGAGUGGCAGCCAGGUCGUGACAAGCCGGUCGCUCCACCCAUCGAUGCUCGCACUGCCAGCAUCCCUCGAUUGGACGAAGAGAUCAAGGUGCCGCGCUUCGGCUUCGCCGAGCUCUUCGCGGGGCUCGGCGGCUUCCGCGUGGCGCUGGAGGCGCUGGGUGGCGAGUGCCGCUUCGCCUCGGAGAUCGAGCGCUUCACGCGGCAGAUGUACGAGUUGAAUUUCGGUGCCACUUCGCCUCCGGUGGCGGGGGACAUUCGCGAAGUACCGGAUGCAGACCUUCCGGAGGUGGACCUUUUGGUGGCAGGGUUCCCCUGUCAACCCUUCUCGGCCUUGGGCUCUCAGCCGGCCUUCGAGGACGACAAAGGCUUGCUUUUUCGAGAGAUCGUCCGAGUCCUGAAUGCCUCGAAGGCCAAGAGUUUUUUGCUGGAAAAUGUGCCAGGGCUUCUGGACUGUGACGGGGGCCGGGCCCUUCAGCAGAUCCAGCACGAGCUGCAAACGGUGGGCCUGCACGACGGCCAGCCGGGCUAUGCGGUGCAUGUGCGGACGGCGAACGCGCGCAACUUGACGGCGCAGUCGCGGAAGCGGGUCUUCUUCUUCGGGUUUCGGAAGGACUUGGAGGCGGCGCAAAAGCCCUUCACCUUGCCCUUCAUCCCCGAGCUCCAGCUGCGUGCCGGCGACAUCUUUGAGCCUGAGUCCAAGGAGUUGGACAUCUACGAGCUCAGCGAGGAGCACUUUGAAGGUCUCAAGGAGUCGCAGAAGUGGGCUCGACGAGGUGGCAUGACCGACACCUUGGCCUGGGAAGAGAAAGUCUGCAAUACCUUGGUGGCACAUUAUGGCACUAGUCCCCCAGAUGAGGAGAUGAGGGCCGUGCUGGUGGGACGUGCGUGGCUGGUGAGCUUUUCACUACGACGAAGAUCAGUGGGGCAAAAUCCAAAGGUCAUCACCUGCUCGUAGCAGGCGCUGCAAAAAACCCUUUUCCAAACCCAGCAUGGUCUCCAACCUGGCAUCGCAUCCUUUUCUGCCUCCCAUCUCCCCCCACUCUCCCCACGGCGUCCGCCGAGGCUUGAGCAAAGGCAACUCGCAGCUCGUGCCUCGUCCAGCGCCGUCGCGUCCACGGCGCUUCACGCCCCGCGAGUGCGCGCGGCUCAUGGGUUUCCCCAACAGCUUUCGGCUCACCGAGCGGACCGAGCCGCCAACCAUGUGGUUCCGGGCUCUGUACAAGAUGUUUGGCAAUAGCGUCUCUCCGCCCCUGGUCGCCCUCCUUGCCAGCGCCAUACUGGAACACCUGACCUCUUCGCCGCAGAAGGUGACCUGGAACCAGCUGGGAGAGAGCGUGGCCUUGCGCUUGGCGUUGGAGGCCGUCGCGCCGGAGCGACAAGCAAAGGUGAAGCAGAUGCUGCACAGCUCCUGGACGUCAGAGAGUGGGGUCGUCUCAUCAGAGUCAGAGAGUGUUUGAAUCAGAGGAGUCUGAAUCAGAGAAGUCGAAGUCGAAGCGGAAGUUGCUCGACGCCAUGGAGAACGGCAAGCGAGAGGAUGGUCUGGUGACAGAUUACGGUGCAUGUGAAACAGCUGAGAUGAUAUUGAACCUGCCAUGUGGCAAGGGAAGCAGUUUGUUCGCAUGCGUUUUGCAACCUUCCGUCCUUUUGGUUUAACCAAGCGUUUAACACUCCUGUGAUCUGCUUACUAUCACCUUGACGGGCUCGUUCUGGGCGCAUAUUGUCCAGCGAAAAGAAGCACGACGAGGCAUGUCCAUAGCUGUUUCAUGCUGUUACUCCUUUUUUUUGCUGGGUUGGCAUGUGACGAGCCCUGUAAUAAACCUUGACAGAUGCAGUCACUUUGACGCUCACUGGCUUCGCUCUUAUUUGAACCGUGUCAACAGCCAUGCCGGAAAUACAGAGCUUCUCACUUUUGUUCCCAAGUUUAUGCAAGCUUCGGCGUUACAUGCGGACUUGCCCGAAUUCAUGGCUCAGACUUCAACCGAAUCGACUCCAUACCACG